CCCGCCUAUCAGUGAAACCGAUGAAAAAUGGCCGUUGCUAUAGCGGGCAAAGUAUCUACCUUUUAGAGAUGACUCGUUUGUGAAAGUGAAGCCAGAGGAACACUGAGGAGGGUUGGAAGAUAUAUGUUUUUGCACAACUUCUGGGAUGCUUUAUUGUCCUUUUUUUGCGCCCAUUACGUCUGUCUUGCUUUGCAACUGUUACGUCUGAAGCUGACUGAUUUUUUGAGAUUGAAGUUUUAGAAUCAGAAUGAAACAGAAAGAUAUCUUCGCACGUCGCAAAGCGAAAACAUUACAGAGCAUUUGUUUGGAACUGAUUUUGGAACUGACAGAAAUCAUGAAGUGAAGAAAAUAUUUUCUAAAAAGGGCUCACUAUGCAGAAAUUUACGACGCGGACGUAAGGAAAAUUAAAGACAUAAGUUGCGUAUGUGUCCAUGUCUUCUGGAAUGGAGCACAGCGGUCACUUCAAACCAACACCUGUAAAUUUCGACCAGGUAUUGAACAGCUCGACCGGCCCCAAUGUGACUUUAACGCCAAAAACUGACGAAAAAGAAGAAAGUUUUGCUUUCCAAGUCACCGUAGCAUCCGUUCUCGGUCUCCUUACUCUUGCCACAAUACUAAGCAAUGCAUUUGUCAUCGCGACCAUCUCCCAGUCCAGGAAGCUCCAGACGCCGGCGAACUUCUUGAUCGCAUCCCUGGCCGUCACGGACCUUUUGGUGUCGGUGCUCGUGAUGCCCAUUUGCGCGCUUUACACGGUCACCCACGAGUGGACGCUCGGACAGGUUAUUUGCGACAUCUGGCUGUCCUCAGAUAUAACCUGUUGCACCGCGUCCAUUCUCCACCUGUGCGUAAUCGCCUUGGAUCGAUACUGGGCUAUCACGGACGCGGUCGAGUACGCCAAGAAACGGACACAAGCGCGAGCGGCGGGGAUGGUGGCGACCGCUUGGAUCAUUGCCAUCUCCAUCUCUCUGCCUCCUUUCUUCUGGCGCCAGGUGAAGGCGGGGGAGCUGACCACCUGCACGGUAAACACGGACCACAUCUUUUACACCAUCUACUCCACGUUCGGGGCUUUCUACAUCCCCACGUUGCUGCUCAUCGCCUUGUACGGAAGGAUUUACGUGGAGGCGAGAAAGCGCAUCUUGAAACAGUCGCCCAAAAAAGCGGGGAAAAGACUCACUUCAGCGCAUCUCAUCACUAAUUCACCCGCAUCUGUUGCUUCGACGUCUCCUUUGCACUGUGGACGCCAAGAGCUUUGCAGUGACACCGGCUCUCUGAACAGUGACAAUCAAAUUCGAGUAACAGUGUCCGAUUCACUUCUGGAGAAAAAGCGAAUAUCGGCUGCGCGCGAGAGGAAAGCCACCAAAACACUGGGCAUUAUUUUAGGAGCUUACAUUGUGUGUUGGUUGCCGUUUUUCAUUUACACACUGCUGGUGUCCCUCUGCCCAUCCUGUGUGUUUUCUCCAGAACUGUUUGACGUUUUUACAUGGCUUGGCUACCUCAACUCACUCAUCAACCCAAUAAUAUACACCAUGUCGAAUGAUGACUUUAAAAAAGCUUUCCACAAACUCAUAAGCUUUAGAUGUUGCAGACGUUGAGAUUAGGGCUAUAGUGAAAUAAGAUCUGCUUUUGGUGCCUCAGUAGAGGAUAUAGGCUAUUCCUUCAACACUGAACAGAAUAUUUGGAUUUCAUACUACUAAUAGUGCUUUGACAGCUUGUGGUGGCUAAUAAUGGAAAACUGUAUUAAAAAAAGUCUGCAUAUAUCAAUCAAAUGUGCAAUUAAAAUGCUCAUACAUGCUCACUGCUUAGCUACAGCUAUCCACUGAUCCAAAACGUAAUAAAUAAAUUGGGUAAUCCAAUUGCUUGUGCUUAAAUCCAGUACAUCUUCCUUUGUGUCUAAUGAUUGAACAAUGCAGUUUGUCACUUACAACAGUGCAUGCUUCGUUUCCUUAAAUCAGGCCUAUUAACUAGAAAUUCUUGAAUCUAUUUUUGGUAGCUAUAAUAAAGCUACAGUAUGACAUUGCUCUCCUUGUCUGUGGUGCUGAAAAUGUAGGUGGUUUGGUGAGGAGCCUUUUUCACACCUUAAAUUCAGAGAGAUAAGCAGUGGAAAUUUAG